AUGGAUUCUACUACUGUUCUUAUUUUUUCACUUCUAUUUGUUUUUGUACCUACAACCCUUUCACAGACCUUUGGUAACUUACCUGCAGGGCCCACCGUGUCGUCGUGUGGGCCACUACUGCUUCGAUUGGCUCCCUGUGGACCGUUUGUGCAGGGCGCAUCGCCAUCACCGACUGAGCGGUGUUGCAGUAACCUCAGGCAACUCUAUAUCCAGCAACCAGAUUGCCUUUGCCUGUUGCUCAAUCAAACUGGCAUCAGCACUCUUCCUAUCAACACCACAUUAGCACUUCAAUUGCCACUUCUUUGCAGUAUGCAUGUUGACAAUGAUACCUGUUCAGGUUCUGAAGGACUGGCUCCUAGGUCAUCAACGCCUCAAGUUUCAUUUGGGACAAAUAGCAAUUCAACUCUUGCUGCUUCGCCGAUGGUGACAGUACCACCUAAAACGUCCAGCACUUUGGGAUUUGGCUUUAACAACAGCUCUGCUGUAAACUUCAACACGAAGGAGAGCUUGAUGAUCAUCACAGUGCUAACUUCUUGGGGUGCAUUAUUCUGUGGUUCACCUAAACAUGAAAAUGGAACUUAUUUUAUGUUUCAAACCAAGACAGUAAAUCAUAUUGUCCGCUAUCAUCCAUCAGGCCUCACAAAUUUCCCUUCAUACUACGUUAUUAACAAGCCCAAAAGUGUCCUUCGGGAUGACUCAGUUAUACACAGUGAGAUUGUAGCAGUUGCAGGUUAUCUAGGAAUUCCAAAAAAAAAUAAUCCCAAAGGCACAUGUACUCAGGUGUAUACUCAGGCUAUACACAGUCAGUCAGGUUGUAUUGGUUGUGGAUUAUCCUGGGAUUCCAAAAAAAAAAAGAAGCCCAAAGGCGCGUGUACUCAAGUGUAUACUCUGGCUAUACAAAAUGAGGUUGUAGCAGCGGUUGGACGUUAUCUUGGGAUUCCAAAAAAAGAAGAAGCUCAAAAGCGCCUGUACUCAGGUGUAUACUCGGGCUAUACACAAUGA